UUUCGAUACAGAAGGAAUUCCCCGUCUCUCCACACUGAAUUUUUUGCUUAUUGAUCGGAUAUACUUGCAUCAAGUGAUGUUGUAAAGAGGAAAAUAUGUUAGGCUGUCCAAAUUACCAGUUGCUUUCACUUGUUUUGAUCUUACUGUUAACAACGGUUGAUCCAAGUUCACAAGAAAGCCGUGUGAAAUCUGCUGUCUUUCUAUCACCAGCGUUUGUGCUGGAACCUGGAUCUGUCUCUAACAAGUUUUACUACAACAUUAGCUUCCCAAAAGGCCAUAUUGCUAUAAAAAAUUUCUAUGCUGAAGUAGUUGAUGAGGGAGGGAAUCCUGUACCCCUUUAUGAGACAUAUCUUCACCACUGGAUUGUUGUAAGAUAUUAUCAUCGAAAAGGUGUGGAAGUAACAAAGUUCCAUGAUGAUUUGGGGUUCCACCAAUCAGAUUUUAUUGUCAAGAGAAACUCAGGGAUAUGUGAUAGAGGCCUUCCUCAAUAUUUUGGCCUUGGGUCAGAGACGCGAAAAACAAUCACCUAUGUUCCAGACCCUUAUGGAAUAGAAAUCGGUAAUCCAGUCGAAGUACCUCCUGGAUACGAGGAGAAAUGGUUGCUCAAUAUACAUGCAAUUGAUACACGAGGUGCGGAAGAUAGAUUGGGAUGUACUGAAUGCAGGUGUGAUCUUUAUAAUGUUACCAAGGACGAGCAUGACCGAGUUAUAGAGCCAGAUUACAUUGGAGGGUUGAGAUGUUGUUACGAUGAAACAAGAUGCAGGGUGAAAGACGGAUUCCAAGGAUCAAAGAGAAGCCUGUACCUGAAGUACACAGUGAAGUAUAUUGAUUGGGAUCCCUCCAUCGUGCCUGUAAAAAUUUAUAUACUUGAUAUAACUGAUACAUGGAAAAAGCCAGAAAAAUCGACUGCCGCUGUGGCAAGACAUCACUGCCAGAUUGAAUAUUUAGUGGAGUCAUGUUCAUCAGCUGUUGCAAAUGUCGACUGCACUCAUACAAAGAAGAUAAUUGUAACUUUUCCUAGCGGCGGAGAUGUUAUCUAUGGAGUUGCUCAUCAACAUACAGGAGGGACUGGUAUGGCACUCCAUGGAGAGGAUGGACGUGUCAUAUGCUCAUCUCUUCCAAUCUAUGGGGAAGGAAAGGAACCAGGAAAUGAAGCUGGUUACAUUGUCGGGAUGUCUACUUGUUAUCCUAGACCUGGCUCUAUCAAGAUCUCGGAAGGGGAGACUGUAACUUUACUAUCAAACUAUAGCAAUGCCCAAAGGCAUACAGGAGUGAUGGGGUUGUUCUAUCUCUUAGUUGCUGAACCAUCACCGAAGCCUAAUUCUAUCCUACAUUCCACAGAUGAAACAGGUGAGAUUGUAAUAUUGCAGAAUGCUAUUGGAGCCUUGGCAGCAGUGUUUGGAAUUGCACUACUUGUUGGUGCUGCUGUUAUUUAUCAACGUCGGAAUCAAAGGGAUCAGGAAGGCUAUGAGUCUAUACUGAUGUGAGGUUCUUUUCCUUCUGGUGACUCUGGUCCCUAGUGUAGUACACAAAAUGCAAGUUAUGAUCUCCCUUCUAUUCGUGGACUAGUUCCUCGACACAUGUGUUGCACUUGUAUGUCAAGUCAUGAAUUAUACGGUUUUGUAAAAUAAUAUUGAUAUUAUUAAAAUAAAA